AUGGGCCUCUUCUUCUCCUUUCAGGGUCCGGUGACCUUUGAGGAGGUGACCGUGCAUUUCUCGGUGGAGGAGAUUCACUCAGGGAAGAAAAUAUUUCAGUGCUUGGAGUGUGAGAAGAAAUUCAGUUGCAACUCAGAUCUUUGCUUGCAUAAAAGAAUUCACACAGGGGAGAAGCCCUAUGAAUGCUCUGAAUGUGGAAAGGGUGUCAGCAGUAGAUCUAGCCUUAAACGGCAUCAAAGAAUUCACACAGGGGAAAAGCCCUUGAAAUGCUCUGAAUGCGGAAAACGUUUCACUGAGCACAGUAAUCUUAAGGCACAUCAAAGUAUCCACACAGGUGAAAAGCCAUUUAAAUGCUCUGAAUGUGGAAAGGGUUUCAAUGAGCGCAGGAAUCUUGAAGGCCAUAAAAACAUCCACCGAGGUGAAAAGCCCUUUAAAUGCUCUGAAUGUGGAAAGGGUUACAGUUGUCGUGUAAAUCUCAGAAAACAUCAAAUCAUCCACACUGCUGAGGAGCCCUUUAAGUGCUCUGAAUGUGGAAAGGGUUUUACUGGGCGCUGGAGUCUUAAAGCACAUCAAAAUGUCCACACAGGUGAGAAGCCCUAUAAAUGCUUUGAAUGUGGAAAGGGUUUCAGGAGUAGCCUUAACCUUAAACGGCAUCAAAGUGUUCAUACAGGGGAGAAGCCCCUUAAAUGCUCUGAAUGUGGAAAGGGUUUCACUGAGCGCAGGAAUCUUAAAGCACAUCAAUGUAUCCACACAGGUGAAAAGCCCUUUAAAUGCUCUGAAUGUGGAAAGGGUUUCACUGAGCGCAGGACUCUUAAAGCACAUCAAAAUAUCCACACAGGCGAGAAGCCCUUUAAAUGCUUUGAAUGUGGAAAGAGUUACAGUCGCAGCAUGAGCCUUAUAAACCAUCACAGACUCCACACAGGGGAGAAGCCCUAA